AUGAAGUUCUCUUGGGUCACAGCCCUUUUGCUGCUGGGCUCACAAGGAGUCACCUCUCUCUCUAUCCCCUCUGCCAAUACCGAUCUGAUCGAACACGGCCUACUGGACACACCUUCAAGUUCCCACCAAGUCUCUGAUCUUGAGAAACGACGAGGCGGUGGUGGUGGAAGGGGAGGCGGUGGCGGUUCCAGCGGAGGAAGCAGUGGAGGUCGAUCGGGCAGUUCGAGCGGUGGCUCCAGCGGCUCUUCAUCGGGCAGUCGAGGAGGUUCUGCGAGCGGCGGUUCUCGGGCAAGUCCAUCGUACGGCGGUGGAAGAUAUUACGCGGGAGGAGCCACAAAACCCUACUCAGCCGGCGCUGCAUCGCCCGGGUCAAGAAUCUCCCCGGCUUUCUUGCCUCUCGGGGCUUUGGCCAUCUUCCCUGGAAUCUGGCUCGCGGGCGCCUAUGCCUAUUCAUACCCUCACCCCUACUACUACAAUCACAACGGCCGCAACGACUCCCUGCCAGUGGAGUGUCUUUGCGAGAAGAAUCGCGAGUGUGGCUGCGACGACAAUAAUAAUCAGACCUACUAUCAAGAUCUGUUCAACGGCACGGAGCCCAAGAAUGGCAGCAAUGUGCGAGUCGCCGAUGUAAAUGGCACCAAGACCGUCUUGAUCAACGGUACCGUGCCCUAUGGAACGACCUCGGGGGCGAACCCAGGACCAAUGGUCGGUCUCAUCAACGCCAGUGGAUACUGGGUAACCGUGGCUGUUGUGAUUGCAGCAGUGUGGACAUUCUAA